AUGGCUUCAUUAUUGCGGCUAGCUGAACAUUGUGGUUGUUAUCAUGAGAAACACACAAAGUUGAAUCAUGACGAACACAUAGACCAAGAAAAUGAAAUUAUUGAUUUGCCACAACUGUUGGCCGAGUCAAUGAAUAUCCAAGAUAGAAUAUUUCAUUUACAUGAAAAGUAUGAAUUGAUGAGUGAAUAUAGUCGGAGCUUUGAUUUAUUAAAUGAUGCAAGUUUAUCAGAAAGAUUGCAAAUUUUGAAUGAGUUGUGUGAUAACUUGCACCUGUUUGCAUUGAACAAAUCCAAAAUACUCUCUAAAAUUCAAGCUCCUUCUCUGGAUCAUUCUCAAAAACUUGUCGCAAUGAAUAGACAAUAUCAAGACAAGUUCGUAAAGCUCUUGAAAAAUAUUGCACGAACGAUGGAUAUCAUUCAUCAAUCGUUGAAUGACAUUGAGUGGGCAUCCGUCAAGAAGAAGUCGAUCGAAAAUCAAAAACUUGAGGUUGAUCUAUUCAAAGCAGUACCACUCCUACUCUCGAAGUAUCAGAGAUUUGUGUCAACUACAAGCUCUCAAACAAGAUUGAGUAAUGCAUCCAGUCAUGUUGUACAUCAACAGUAA